ACACAGUGUGACGUCAGCAGGAAUUCCACGCCUCUAACUUCUCAUAGUCGCGCGCUGUCCAAAGUGUAGCUAGAUGAUUAGCCAGGUUAGGAAGUUUUGGUGAAACGUUGAGAGAUUGAGGACUUGUUUCUUCUUUUCAAAAUUGCAUGUACUUUAGCUGUUUCUGCUGUUUUUUUUUCGUAAAGAGCUCGACGAUUGUUGAGUUAACGUUAAAAUAGCUAGUGACAACUUGGAUAGUUGGCUAACGUUACUCUAGCUUAUCGUUUUCUACUUCACACAUGCUAGUUUUGAAGGAAUCGCAUUCAGUUGGCUUUCUAAGAACAAUCGAAGAUAAUUGAGACCCAGGCAUUGGACAGGUUUUCAGAGAAUUUCACUUAAUUUGGUUGGGAUGAAGAUUUAUUGACCGUAGCGGGGCUUUUUGUGGACAUUUGUGACAGUCAACAGAUCCUUGAACAUGCAUGGGAUAAUGGCUGGUCAUCAAGGUGCAGCCCAGAACUGCAAAUCCGAGUCCAUCGUGACUCCAGAGAGAAGAAAAAGGACUGUUGAAGACUUCAACAAAUUCUGCAGUUUCGUACUUGCCUAUGCUGGAUAUAUGCCCUCACCUACAGAAGAAAGGCCUUGGUUUUCCAACUCAAAAUCUUCCAGCUCAAAUGUUCCAGGAGAGAAGGACCAUACAGACAUGCACACAAUCCAUACUUUCAUCCAGAAGUCUCAAAGCAAAAGGGCUAAGAACAGCUUUUAUCAGCACUCGGAAGGCGUUUCAGCGAAAAAGAUGCACCUGGAUGACCGCACAGAAAAUACUGAACAGAAGAGGGACCGAAAACAGAUUUCAUCGGAUACUUUAAGCAAAAAUGGAGACAAUGAUUCUGGUGUUGUGUUUGAAAAAAGGGCACGCAUCAAGCACAGCAAGAAAUAUAAAGAGGCCAAAGCGAGCCUGAAGAUCAACGGAUCAGUCAAAGUUGAAGGAGACUCCUUUCAGAUGGACAAUGCCACUGUGUCACGUGGCCUGCAGGAGCAAGACUGUGGUGGUUCCAAUGGAAUGGAGCUCAAGGAUGAGCAGCACAGGGAUGCAGAUAUGAGUUCCAGUGAGGGUGAAACGUGGGUUGCAGAUGAGGACAUCAUGGUGGAGACAGGUGAUGACUCGUGGGCCUUGAUCACCUGCUACUGUGGGAAGCCCUUUGCGGGCAGGCCGAUGAUCGAGUGCAACCAGUGUGGUGUGUGGGUGCACCUGUCAUGUGCCAAGAUAAAGAAAUCCAAUGUACCCGACAUAUUCUACUGCCACAAGUGCAGGAACUACCCACUUGAUAGAAAAUCCAUACCCAAGAUGGAUCAGUGAAGACAGCAUGGACUAAGUAAUCUUUGGUUUGAUUUAACAGCAGCAGGAGAGAAGGACUGUAACAUGAGUUCCUGGGUUUCAUUUUUUUAAGGAUUGGCCACAAUGUUGUGUUAUUAAAUUGCACCGUGUACCAGUGCAUCAUGAAUGAUUUGGAGUAUUACCAACGGUGGCAGAACUCUCACACUCAGCAACAUUGAGGACAUUUCCUUCCUCAAUAAAUCCUGCCAUGUACAGUGUGAUCUCAGCGCUGCACGUUUUGCCGUCAGACAGUCGAUUGCUUUGGAGUGUGCUAUAUUCUUUUUUUUCUUUCUUUUCCUUAGUGAAUUGUGUGGGUUUUAGUUUGCAUUUCAGUAUACUGCUUUAGAGAAUGUACUUCAGGUAUACCUGUACUAUGGCCCUAUGGAGCUAUCUGUCUUAUUGAGACAGACAUUAUAUUUUCCUAUCCAAGGGAUGCAUAUGUCACAAGAGACAAGUCUAGUGUUGUGAUGAAUUGAUGUAUUGAAUAUUUUGGUAUGACCUCCUAUGGCAAAUCAAUGGACAGGGAAGAAACUUUUAAGAAGUGGCAGAAAGGCCAACUUCUUGGUUGGUUCCUCAUUAAAAAGGUUGAAAUGAAAUUGUCCAUUAGAUGAGAAAUUCUUUCAAAUGUGUAGAUUGCCUUUGUCAUUUCUAGUUUCAGUUUGAGAAGUCUGUAAAUAAACCCUAGUGGAUGGUGAUCAUUUUGUUUGACAGUAUAGCCAAACCAAAGUGAAUACAAAUGCCUUGUGAAUAGCUUUACAGUUGUAAAAGUCCCCUGCCCCCCUGAAAAUGUCUUUAAAAUUAAAUAUUGCAGUAAUAAAGCAAAGG